CGCGGAGUGGUAGCUUGGCCCCAGUACAUCCUUUUCUUUGGAUAAGUGUGUGGCGUUUUGCUGAAGUUAAGGAGUGUGCAGGCGGGUGCGUUGCUUUGCGGGUGUGUUAGAGCUCCCCGCUGCCGCCGUACCUGGCGAGGGCGAGCACGUUGGCCUGCGGGCGGUGCGGGGCGGUGAAGGGCUCGCGGUGAGGGCUGUGCAGUCAGUGGUUGCUUCUCCUGCUUGAUUUGUCAUGAUAACUCCAGCCUUUGAGCUGAGCCAGGAUCCAGACUUUCUUAUAAUAAUAAUCAAAAUACCUUAUGCCAGAGCUUCAGAGUUUGAUAUAUAUUUUGAAGGGGAAGACUUUAAAUUUUAUGCCAAACCUUACUUUCUCAGAUUGACCCUACCUGGAAGGGUUGUGGAGGAUGGCAGAGAAAAAGCAUCUUAUAAUACAGAUGAAGGAACUUUUACAAUUCACUUACCUAAGGAGAUGCCUGGCCAAUAUUUUGAGGGACUGGAUAUGCUGACCUCUCUUUUGGCACCAAAGAAGUUGAAAUCAACACCUUUAGUGGAAGAGAUAGCUGACUCUGCUCACUUUUCUGAAGAGGAAGAGGAUGACUUUGACUGGGAAAUUGAGCAGACUCCAUACGAAGAAACUGCAGAAAGUGCUCUACAGCAGAAGUACUGCUAUGGAUUUGGGAAUUUGCACUCAGAGGUGUUGCAGCGCCUGCAGGAAGAGCUCACAGAGGUAAUUGACAUUAAAGAUCCAGAUCGAGUGCCUGUAAGUGAGCGUAGGAGAAAGCGCCUAGCAGCUGAGGUGGCCAAGUUUGAUCCUGAUCAUUAUCUAGCUGAUUUUUUUGAAGAUGAAGCCAUUAAGCAUGUUUUGAAAUACAAACCAUGGUGGAUUGAUGUCCAUAAGAAAAAGACAGCCUUGAAUGAAGAAAGCUGUCAGGAACAUGACAGGCAAACUUUUGUUGUAUUCUCUGAAGAAGAGAGAGAGCAGCUGAGAAAAUUCAAAAAUAAAUCUUAUCUUCUGGAUAAAAGAACCCGUCAUCAUGUAUAUCUCGGUUUAAUUGAUAUCCUUCUGGCCUAUUGCUAUGAAAUCUGUGUUAAUGAAGGAGACAAGAAUGUUGAAUCCGCUUGGAAUGUCAGGAAACUGAGUGCCACACUGUGUUGGCUGGAAAGUUUUACUAGCAUUCAUGAGGUCCUGGUAUCCUUUGGAAGAAGAGUUGUGUGCUAUCCCCUGUACAGGCAUUUCAGAUUAGUGACACGUGCCAUCAAUGAUACAGUCAUGAUACUGCAGCUAGGAAAAGGUGCAGUUUUGAAGUGUCUGCUGGACAUUCACAAGAUUUUUAGGGAGAAUGACCCUUCCUAUAUCCUUAAUGAUCUCUUCAUUACAGACUAUUGCAUCUGGAUUCAAAAAAUCAAGUCAAAAAAGUUGGCUGCACUUGCUGAAGCCUUGCAGAAAGCCACGCUCACCAAGUCCCACACAGGACUUGAACUGGAAGAGCUGGAAGCAGCAGCAAUGCUAGUACAAGAGGAAGAGAACAAGUUAAAAGCUGCUGGCUCAGUUUCUAAGCAACAGCUGCCUUCCUCUGAGUCAGAGACAAGUGACUCUGAAGACUCAAGCAGUACUUCAUCAUCUGAGACAGAAGCCUCUGAUUCAGAGGAGCAGGAGUCCUCAACUAGUGAAGAUGGAAAAAUAAAUUCUUUACAAGACACACUUCAAGAGGAGAGGACAGCUCCACUUAUUGACUGUAAUGGAUUAAGGCAAGACACAAACACUUCCGUGUUUGAGGUUAGUGAUGAAAAAGCAAAGGUUUCUUUGCAAUCUACAUCUGUUCCUGGCAAAUUGAUAAAAGAAUUAGAAAAGCAAAUGCACACUGCAAUUAGACUUUCAGAGCAGCCUGAAGGAUUGGCUACUGCAAGCUGUGCUGUUUCACAGCAACAAGAAAAUAGCGCAUCUGAACCUGACGGUCCUUCAAAAGAUGCUGUUGGGAAGGGAAAUUUCUUGGAGGUCUCUUCAAAGAAAAAUCCUUUCCUCUUUCUUUGCAGCACAAAUGGAGAUGAAGACUAAAAGACUGUUAAAACAGACUGUGACCUGUUAGACAACACAGCUCAUUGCUGUAAUGAGGUGUUUUCAAGGCUAUCCUGAGCUGCAGAAAAGUUGAUAUUUUCUUUGUAUGUGUUGACAGUUUGGAGGACAAGAUGGCUUUGCAGGAAACUGAUAUGGCUGUAUAAUACCUUUAUAAUUUGUCUUUUUUCUUGACUCAGUCAGAUUUGAUCUCUGCAGUAAACUUCUAGAAACAGUUUUCAUUGUUUAUCAAGUGACGAUAUGUUGUCCUAGUCAAAUAGAACUGAAAGGAUGAUCUGUCUC